AUUGAUUCAGGUUGAGAAUUAAAAUAUGGGGUUGGGCCAAAAUAAACCCGCUCCAGAGUCGUGUUUCCCCGAAAGCGCUUUUUCGCAUGUGAAAGGAGAAGUCGCGUUUCUUGAUUCAGACGCCAACUUCCAUAACCGUCUUUUGGACACGAUCCACCUGUUUCGCUCCCUUCAUUGACCAUUCCCGUCAUUUUCAGUGUUCUUCGAGAUUCCAAAUAUGAUAUUUGAAAUAAACUAGCAAGAAAUUGAAAAUCACCGUGUCACGUUACCUACGGAGAAAUAUAAUCGAUCGAUUCGAGAAAAUCCUUCUGUCUUCUUCCUCCGACUUCCGUGUGAUUAUUUGUUUGUGGUGUACUAUUUGUUGUGAAGAUCGCAAGAAAUUGUUUGGUUCCUGAAGAAUAAUCAGGUGUUUCAGCAGAACAGGCGACGAAAAGGAGGCGACCUCCUUCCAGGGAGAGGGAGGAAGGUGAUGAAUCUGGCAACUAUGGUGAGGCAAAUAAGAUUUUUGAUCAUCACGACGAUGAUGCUUGGGGCUUAUGCAGACGAUACAAAUCCAGUGUUCAGCCCCUGCGAAGAUUCAAAAGUACAGAAAUCGGAUGGAUUUACAAUCGGCGUUGCUUUCUCCGCCAAGGAUUCCUUCUUUUUCAACCAAACUCAGCUUUCCCCGUGCGAUCCUCGGCUUGCUCUCUCUUCCAAAGGUGCUGCUCUUGCUCUGUUCAGGCCUAAGGUCGAUGAGAUCACGCUCAUCACCAUUAAUAGCACCUCCUUCAAUCCUAGCAAGCUCGGAGGAUAUAUGGUGGCGUUCGCCGGACGGCAAUACGCGGCGCGAUCGAUACCGGUGUUGGUUGCGGACGGCACUCACACUGUUACCAGCUUCACUCUGGUUCUUGAGUUCCAGAAAGGCACACUGGAGAACCUCUUCUGGAAGAAAUUUGGAUGCAAUUCCUGCAAUGGAGGAGACGCAGUGGUGUGCCUGAACAAUACCGACUGCGCAGUCCAGAAUUCGAAAUGCAAAAGCAACGGAGGCACCAUCGGAUGCGACGUCGGCAUUCAGUUGGCCUUCUCCGGCACCGACAAAAACGACGACGUUCUCAAUACAUGGUACGAGGUCGCCAAUCUCAGGCAGUAUUCCCUCUUCGGUCUCUACUCUGAUCUUCGCGAUUCUCUUGCAUCCUCUUUUAAUGGCCUCCUCUGAUCUAUUUUAUGAUCUUCUGUCCUUCUUAUUUUAUGGAUCAGUGACGACGACUGCCCGAGAGGGUUGAUGUAAUUAUUAAACAUACGGUUUUUGUUU